UGACCUUGACGCACAUUUGGAUUUCGCUUCAACAACACGAAAUCGCAAUCUUAAGUUUGGUGUGGUGGGGCAGUAACUUAUUGCACGAGCUCCAGCCAACUCUUAUGAAGGUGAACGCAGAUUUGUCGCUGCCUGCCAUCGUACACUAUGAUGAGAUCACGUUCGUCGCGUCGCCUUCUCACGGAGUGUUCCGUGGCAUGCUCGAUCGCGAUGGCGACGAAGUGGCCCUGGCGACUACCCUCGUACGGUAUGCACCGAACUCGACCUUUCCAUCGCACAAGCACGACGCAGGCGAAGAGUUCCUUGUCCUCGAAGGUACAUUCCACGAUGACCACGGGGCGUAUCCAACUGGAACGUACGUCCGCAACGAGAUCGGAUCAGUACAUGCCCCAUCCAUUGGCCACGACGGCUGUCUUAUCUUGGUCAAGUUGAGGUGGAUGACUCCCGAGGACACCCACGUAGUAGUCCCUGACACUGCCGUCCACACCGCAAAGGACUGGUCGUCCCUGUCCACCGGAAGCAACGUGCGCUUGUUGUAUCAGAACGCCGCAACAGGGGAACAUGCGUGGUUUCUCGUCCUUGGUCCUGGCGCACGCGUCGAGAGCCUGGACGGGUUUGACGGUGGCGAAGAAGUGUUUGUCGUUGCUGGCACUGUCACAGCUCUGUACGCGUCCACGUCGACGCAGAUGCUCAAGUACUCAUGGCUGCGCCUCCCGCCACAAGCCAUCGCAAGCUGUGACCCUUCCAAGACUGUGUUCCGCAACACGAGCACAGAGGAAGCACACGUUUUCAUCAAGACUGGACACCUCCGUCGCUUUGUCCACCAAUGAUUCGCCUCUUUCCAGGUCACCACGAUGGAUCACGAUGGAUGGCAUAGGAAAUUCCGUAACGAUUGAAACAGUAUCUGAAACGCUUGUAACUCCAAAUAUCGGGUAAAUUCGGA